CUCGCCUCUUCCCCUUCUCCCGUGAUGAAGUCACUGGCUCAAAAAGGAAAGUGCGAGAACAGAUUUUUUUUGCAGAUUAAGCCAGAGAAGGUAAUGCGUGAGAAGGUUCUUGUGCUGAUGGUGGUGUUGUGUCUCCUCAGCCAUGCAGUUCUGCAACCUUCAUCACUGUGUCCUCUUCUUCCUCAUCUUCACCACUGCUCCUGUCUCAGUUCUUGAGAUCUGUCCUACUCGGGCGAAGCUUCAUCAACCAGCGACGCUCUCAUGUACAACUAAAUGUUCUGGUUUAUUGAUAUGGAACAUUCUUAGUAAUAGAGAUGUUGUCCUGGCUCAGUGUGAUCAGACAUCAUGCAAGUCAGAAGAAGGAUUUAGUAUCUCUCAUGAUCAGUACCUGAAGGGAGAUUCCUCUCUCACCAUCACUGCAGCUGAUUACAGUAAGAGGAACGUGUACGCAUGUGAAUGUGAAGACUCAGAUUUCGUACAUGUGCGCCUCGUCAUAGAGACUGUGUUCACACAAGUACAGACGAAGUCUGAUGAAGAUCUGAAGCUGAAGGUGUCUGUACCAGAGCCAGUGGAGGUGAUUUAUAAAAGCGAUGAUGCAGCUGAUGAAGUGAUCUGCAGUGUGACUAACGGCUCACUACAGUGUAAAGAUGAAUACAGACACAGAACAUCUCUCAUUUACCCUGAGCUCACACUGAAACACAUGACGCCAAGGGAUAGUGGAAGUUACACCAUUCGGGACACCAAGAAUAAUGAAGACAUUCAGAUAUAUGCCGUGUCUGUGGAAGCUGUGUUCACAGCAGUUCAGGUGAGGAUUGGUGAACAUCUGAAGCUGAAGGUGUCUGUACCAGAGCCAGUGGAGGUGAUUUAUAAAAGCAGUGAUGCAGCUGAUGAAGUGAUCUGCAACGUGACUAAGGACUCACUACAGUGUAAAGAUGAAUACAGACACAGAACAUCACUCACUUACCCUGAGCUCACACUGAGACACAUGACGCCGAGGGAUAGUGGAAGUUACACCAUCUGGGACACCAAGAAUAAUGAAGAUCUUGAGAUAUACGCCGUGUCUGUGGAAGAUAAGUCUGGUGUUCCUGCAUGGGUGAUUGUACUGAUACUGAUUCUGCUCUGCUGCUGUGUUGCAGCAGGUAUAUUCCUACUGUAUAAACAGCGUAUGAGAAAACAGUUGGAGAGGCGACUGAAACAUGUGUACCAGCUUGUGCAGCAGGCUAAAGGAGGAACAGAGGAGAAGAUCAGUGAAAUGGGGAUGUCACUUGAUCAGCUGGAGAAGCAGUACAACAACACUGAAUAUUCAGCCAAGGUCAAAGAGUUCUGCAGUGAAAGAAGAAAAUUGCUGUUGAUGGAUCGACUAAAACAAGUGAACGAGCUUGUACAUCAGGCUAAAGGAGGGACAGAGGAAAAGAUCAGUGAAGUAGAGAUGUCAGUCAAUCAGCUGGAGCAGCAGUACAACAAGACUGAAUAUUCAGACAAGGUCUUAGUGUUCUGCAGUCUAAAGAGGGACGAACUAUUUGUGUACAAACUACAGCACCAAAAUAUAGAACUUCAGAAAGAGGAGCAGAUAAUUAAGAUGGUGGAGGAGGUGGUGAUCAGUUUACAGAAGCUCAAAGAUGGAGAAGGGCAAGCACAGGAGAAGAGCCCCAGCAAGAUUGACCAGAUGACGGACCAGGUUGAGAAACGUCUGAGAGAGAUUGAAAUCUGGUGUAGCCGGAAAAGGGUGGAGCUUCCCAAUAAAAGAACUGGUUGUUUUUCAUAUUCUUUUAAAUAAGAGGAUAGUUUCUAUUAGAAAUUAUGUUACAGUCAAGCAGAGGCAUUUAAUCAGAUGUACUAGAGCACAUGGUUAUGGGAAGUAUUAUGUGUAUACCUGGCUAAAAAGAUAUUUCUUUAAUCUACAUUUAAUCUGUGAGAGUGUGUCUGAGCCCCAAACACUGAAGUCUAUUCCAAAGUUUGGGAACUAAAUACACAAAAUGCUCUUCCACCUUUAGCAGACUUUGAUAUUCUGGAAACUACCAAAAGUCCUAAUUUUUGUAAUUUCCAAAAGAGUGUAAAGGAUUGUAGCACUUUAUAAGACUAGUUAGAUACAUGGGAGCUAAACCAUUUAGAGCCUUGUAGGUAAGUAGCAGCAGUUUGUAGUCGAUUCUAAAUUUAACAGGAAGCCUGUAUGGAUAGAAUAAAAUUGGGGUUAUAUGAUUAUAUUUUCUCGACCUGGUAGCCUAUUUAUUGAAGAUGCAAUCAUCCAAGUCUGGACGUCCUGAAUGCAUGAACUAGCUUCUCAGCAUCAGAUACAGCUAGGAUGUUUCUUAGAGUGGCAAUAUUUAUAAGGUGCAAGAAGGCUGUUUUUGUAAUAUGGGUGAUAUGAAAGACAAGUUGCUGUCUAAUUAACAUCCAGGUCUUUCACUGUUAAGCUAGUAGUAACAGUACAUCCCUCUAGUGGAAGUGUGAUAGCUUCUGUGUACUGGUUUUUAGACCAAUACUUCGGUCUUAUCAGAAUUUAAACAAUAGUAAAUAAAGGUCAUCCAGUCUUUUAAAUUUUUUUUAUAUAUUUUUGCACUCGGUUAACUUAGAAUAUUUAGAUAUUUCAUAUGGUUUUGAUGAGAUAUAUAACUGGGUAUCCUCAGCAUAACAAUAGAAACUAAUCCCAUGCCUUCUAAUGAUGUUUCCCAAGGGAAGCAUGCAGAGGUCCUAAAACUGAUCCUUGAGGGACCCCAUAAUUAAUUAUGCUGGAUAGUUAUUCAUUUAAAUCUACAAAAUGGUAUCGAUCAGAAAGGUGGGAUCUAAACAUUCUUAAUGCCUGUCCCUGAAUAUCUGCGGAAUUUUGUAAUUGGUCUAGGAGAAUGUCGUGCUGAAUGCAGCACUAAGAUCAAGUAGAACUAAUAGUGACAUACAGUCUUUGUCCAAAGCUAAGAACAAGUCAUUUGUAACUUUAACAAGUGCAGUUUCUGUGUUAUGAUGGGGUCGGAAACCUGACUGAAACUCUUCAUAAAUAUUGUUCUCCUGCAAGAAGGAGCACAGUUCAACAGACAUAAUCUUUUCUAAUAUUUUAGACAAACAAGCUUUGAAAUGGGUCUGUGAUUUGAUAGUUUGUUAGGAUCUGUAUUAGGUUUCUUAAUAAGAGGCAAAAUAACUUUUAGGAACAUGACCUAAACAUAACGAGGAGUUAAUAAUAUUGAGAAGAGACUAAACAGCUCUUUAUCUGUCCUAUAAUUGUAAAGCACUGUCAGAAAGCAGGGCCUCCAAGGGAGCAAAAUCCAGACCCAUAUAAUCUAGCCAGGGGGGCACGGUGGCUUAGUGGUUAGCACGUUUGCCUCACACCUCCAGGGUUGGGGGUUCGAUUCCCACCUCCACCUUGUGUGUGUGGAGUUUGCAUGUUCUCCCCGUGCCUCGGGGGU